AUGGCCUGUCCGCCACGAGAAACAUUCCAAAUCGGAUGGAUAUGUGCCCUGCCAAUCGAGGCUGCCGCAGCUAUGGAAAUGCUAGAUGAAGAUUUUGGCCCUCUUGAUUCUCAAGAUAUGUCCGACUCAAAUACCUACACAUUGGGCCGAAUCGGGAAACAUUAUGUUGUGAUCGCCUGCCUCCCUGCAGGACAAUAUGGCAACAACGCGGCUACCACGGUCGCAAAUAAUAUGGUCCGCACAUUCUCAACAUCACUCCGCGUCGGACUGAUGGUUGGUGUUGGAGGCGGGAUUCCGUCGACUGCUCAUGACAUACGACUUGGCGAUGUUGUAAUUAGCUGCCCGGAACGCACUGUCGGUGGUGUUGUCCAGUACGACAUGGGGAAAGUCGGCUUGGAUGGUGGAUUCUAUCGAAAUAGGUCUCUAAACAGUCCUCCUAGGUCACCUUUAACAGCAGUCAGCUCGAUGAGAGCCGCUGAGUUAAGAGAUGAUCCCCGCUUUCCGGAAUAUCUCGCCAACGCGACUAGAAGAACCACACGAACCCGAAAGAACUUUAGCCGACCUAAUUUAGAACAGGAUCGACUGUUUAAGCCGGAACACGAUCACCCGGUGACUAUUAAUAGCUAUGAUGGUUGUCCGGCAGAAUGGGAAGAGAUAAGGAGCAAGCGAGAGAGCAGCGAUCCACAACCACACUACGGUAUCAUUGCGUCUGGAAAUUCUGUUAUUAAACAUGUAGGGACCCGGGAAAAGCUUAGGCUGGCCACUGGAGCAUUGUGCUUUGAGAUGGAGGCAGCUGGGUUAAUGCAGGACUUUCCUUGUAUUGUCAUCCGCGGGGUUUGUGAUUACGCCGAUUCCCAUAAAAACAAACAGUGGCAAGGAUAUGCCGCUUUAGCAGCGGCAUCGUAUGCCAAAGAGCUGCUAGGAUAUAUACCAGUGGCCUAUGUUUCGCAAGAGAGCUUGGUGGUGGAUGUAUGUAGUAUUGAUGAAUUGAAGGACGAAAUCAAAGGCACAAAUAAACGCCUAGACCGAGCAUACAAUCAACAUUGGACAGAUCGGCAACGACGUUGUCACCAAGCCUUCAAGAUAUCAAAUUACGAGGAGCAAAAGAAUAUCAAUCCGACAAGAGUGAAAGGAACCUGUCAAUGGGCCCUGCAGAACCCCGAAUACAUUCGUUGGUGGGAGAGUACAUAUAAUGAUCUUCUAUGGGUCUCAGCCGAUCCGGGCUGCGGGAAAUCUGUACUGGCCAGAUCGAUCAUCGAUGACGUGCAAGCUUCUAGUCCAGUGACCAUGUGUUUCUUUUUCUUCAAAGAUAACGACGAACAGAACCAUCUUGCUACAGCUCUAUGUUCGAUACUACAUCAGCUCUUUAGCCAGCGGCCUUAUCUAUUGCAUCACGCUAUUCCGUCCUGGGAGAAAAAUGGGGAGAGACUUCAACAAGAGGUCGAUGAGCUUUGGCGGAUCUUUACAGCGGCCGCAUUAGCGGACGUGUCACAUAAUACGAUUUGCAUAUUCGACGCGCUUGAUGAAUGCCGUGAAAUGGAUCAGGGCCAAUUGAUUGAGAAGCUCCAAACCUUUUACUGCCAGCCAUCAACAAAAGAUACCCGUUUGAAAAUCCUGGUCACUAGUCGACCCUACGAUCAUAUACAGGAUCAUUUCCGAGCAAUUACCGAUUCAUUCCCUCAUAUCCACAUUAAGGGGGAGGAAGAAAAUGACCAAAUCGGUGAGGAGAUUGAUCUAGUAGUGAAGAUUCGAGUGAGAGAACUAGCCGAAACAGUUCCACUGUCACUAGACGUUUAUCAGCGAGUUCAACAGCAGCUUCUUCAAAUGGAAAACCGUACAUAUCUCUGGCUACACCUAGCCAUUGAUGAUAUCCGCACCACCUUUAAGCGCAGCCUUCGGCCUACAGAGAGUUCGAUCACGCUGAUACCGCCUUCUGUGAAUGCAGCAUAUGAAAAGAUCCUCUCUCGAGUCCCAGUUGAUCAAACAGAUAUAGUCAAAAAGGUCUUAGAGAUCAUCGUGGCGGCACGGCGUCCUUUAACAAUACGAGAGAUGGCCAUGGCCCUAGGCAUUGCCACUUGCUUAGGACCGCGAACGACAAUACAGGCUGGGCUCGAUCCAAUUGAUUUAGACGAGAAGCUUCGGCAAUUAUGUGGCCUAUUUGUCUUUACCAAUCACUCCAAAUUUUAUCUCAUCCAUCAGACAGCUAGAGAGUUUCUUAUCGAAAAGAAAAGGUUGAACAUUCUCAAUUUCGCAUACUGGAGCAGCCUAAGUGAUGCGGAGGAUUUGAUGGCUGAAAUCUGUUUGCGAUACCUUUUAAUGGAGGAUUUGAAAGACUGCGAAGGCAAAUCAGGCUCCAAUAUCCGAAACCUCCUAGAAUAUUCAGCAGGUGGACGCUACGGCAAUGCGCUACAGGCUGCUUGUUCUAAAGGACAUGACAAUACUGUACAGAUAUUGCUAGAGUGCGGAGCCGAUGUCAAUGCUCAGGGUGGACUCUACAGGAAUGCGCUACAGGCUGCUUGUUCUGAAGGACACGACAAUACUGUACAGCUGUUACUAGAGUGUGGAGCCAACGUCAAUGCUCAGGGUGGACUCUACGGCAGUGCGCUACAGGCUGCUUGUUCUGAAGGACACUACAAUACCGUGCAGCUUUUGCUAGAACACGGAGCUGAUGUCAAUUCUCAGGGUGGACUCUACGCCACUGCGCUACAGGCUGCUCAUUCUAAAGGACAUGAUGAGAUCGCACCCUUGCAAGAGGUCCAAGACUUCGUGAGACUUCCAAACAGCGACUUCCACGCUAUGCUAUCAGUUCCUGCAUUUCAGACCUGCUCCUUCUAG